AUGGGUGAUUAUGUGACACCAGGAGAAGAACCGGCUCAGCCGGGGAUUUAUCGGAGUGAACAAAUGUGUUUGGCUCAAUUAUAUUUACAAUCUGAUGCCGCUUAUCAAUGUGUUGCUGAGUUAGGCGAACUUGGAUUAGUUCAAUUUAGAGAUGUAAGAUAUAGAGAUAAAAUUAAUAUUUUCAUAUUUAAUUUGAUUAAUUUGUAGCUAAAUCCUGAUGUCAGUUCAUUCCAACGAAAAUAUGUGAACGAAGUUCGACGAUGUGAUGAAAUGGAAAGAAAAUUGAGAUACCUUGAGCGCGAAAUCAAAAAAGAUCAGAUUCCAAUGCUCGACACUGGAGAAAAUCCAGACGCUCCACUUCCAAGAGAAAUGAUUGAUUUAGAGGCAACUUUCGAAAAACUUGAGAACGAAUUGAGAGAGGUCAACAAAAACGAGGAGACUCUCAAGAAAAACUUUUCUGAACUCACAGAAUUGAAACAUAUUUUGAGAAAAACUCAGACGUUUUUCGAGGAGGUUAGUUUUGAUAAUGCACCACAAAAUUUAACUCUGAAUUUUUAAUUUUCUGAAAAACAAUCAUACCGGGAAAUCUUCUGUUCUACUUAACCCUGCUUUUAGUUUAGAUAUUAGAUUUAUUUUUCAAAUACUUUUUGAUUUCAAACUAAACUACAUACAGGUUGAUCAUGAUCGUUGGAGAAUUUUGGAAGGUAGAGGAAAUUCGGUUCCAGAUGAUGAAAGGCCUUUAAUUGAUAUUGGAGGCCAAUCAGAUUUGGACAAUAUUUCUGGAGGAGAUAUUAGUCGAAUGGCAAUGUUAAAAUUGGGGUUAGUUGGAUUGUUUCAAAUCGAUUCAAUUCCAAUCCACCACCACGACUAACUUAGUGUUUAUUCUUCUCCUUCUCUUUGUCUUUUCUCUUUGUCUCCUUUCUUGUCCUAGUCCAAUAUUUAGCUAACUAAAAUGACUUUAAAAUUAGAAAUUUCAAAAAAAUUCACAAAUACUUUAGGCUGGAAGUGGUGAAAGUAUAAUUCCGCCGGGGGGAAUUGGUGAAAAUGGCGAAGAAUCGCUUGAACUCACCCAGAAUAUGGCAGCUGGCGGUACAAUGUUCGCCAAUUUUGGGUGAGAUAUUGAUUAGAUAUUUUUGGUGUUGUUGUUGUUGAUUCUUAGUGUUGUAAUGUUGUUGCAUGUUGCUAAUUAGGUGGUGGUUUUCAAACAAUAUCAUAAAAAUAUCAAAAGGGAACUUUUUUUCGGGACCGGCUGUAAAAAAAUAUUCUAGGAGCAGAGAUAUCGAUCCAAAAAUUUAUAAACUUAUAGAUCUCUAGAUUUUCAAGAGUGUAUAACUCUCCCAAAAUAUAUUUAUGACGUGGCAAAAAAGCGUUUUCGGCUAAAUGAAUAUAAUAUUGUUUCUAGAAAAUUUUCGUUUCAACCUAUUUCGAAAAAAGGUUCCCUUUUUCAAAAUUUCCAAAAGUUUGCUGUAAUUAGUGUUUUUAUUUGGUUUUUAGCAUGAAGAUCUGAUUGCUUCGUCUGAAAAUACUGGAAUGGUUGGAGCGAGUCGAAUGAAUUCAUUUGAAGUCGAUGAUCAAACUAGAUUCAAUGACGAUACUUCACCUCUCAAAUUACAAUUACGGUAGGCGAUGUUGUGUUUUUUUUUCGUAGUUUUUCUAUUUGUGAACCUUUUGUAAAUGUGCGUGGUGGAUGAGGAAAUAGAUUAUUAUCUAAGUUGGCUUUCCCAUAAAAAAUUCUCAAAAUAAUUUUUUUUUUCAGUUUUGUUGCUGGUGUUAUUCAACGUGAACGUCUUCCGGCAUUUGAGCGUCUUUUAUGGCGUGCUUGUCGUGGAAACGUUUUUCUUCGAACAAGUGAAAUCGAUGAUGUUUUGAAUGAUACCGUAACCGGAGAACCAGUUAAUAAAUGCGUUUUCAUCAUUUUCUUCCAAGGAGAACAAUUGAAAACCAAAGUGAAGAAGAUUUGCGAAGGAUUCCGUGCGACUCUUUAUCCAUGUCCAGAUACACCACAAGAAAGAAGAGAAAUGUCGAUUGGAGUUAUGACAAGAAUUGAGGAUUUGAAAACUGUGUUGGGACAAACACAAGAUCAUAGACAUCGGGUUUUGGUGGCGGCGUCGAAGAAUGUGAGAAUGUGGUUGACGAAAGUUCGCAAGAUUAAAUCGAUUUAUCACACUCUCAAUCUUUUCAAUAUUGAUGUCACUCAAAAAUGUUUGAUUGCUGAAGUUUGGUGUCCAAUCGCUGAAUUAGAUAGAAUCAAAAUGGCAUUGAAAAGAGGAACUGAUGAAAGUGGAAGUCAAGUUCCAUCAAUUUUAAAUCGAAUGGAAACAUCAGAAGCGCCUCCAACUUAUAAUAAAACAAAUAAAUUCACAAAAGGAUUUCAAAAUAUUGUUGAUGCCUAUGGAAUCGCAACAUAUCGUGAAAUCAAUCCAGCACCAUAUACAAUGAUAUCUUUCCCAUUCUUAUUUGCUGUCAUGUUUGGUGAUUUGGGACAUGGUAUUAUUAUGUUCCUCGCUGCUCUUUUCUUCAUUUUAAAAGAGAAACAAUUAGAAGCGGCGAGAAUUAAAGAUGAAAUAUUCCAAACAUUUUUUGGUGGAAGAUAUGUUAUAUUUUUGAUGGGCGUAUUCUCGAUUUACACUGGAUUCAUGUAUAAUGAUGUGUUUUCGAAGAGUUUUAAUUUGUUCGGUUCCUCGUGGCAGAAUAGUAUUCCUGAAUCGACUUUGGAGAAACCACUUGAUCCGGAGAGCACAUUUAUGUUGAUUCCGGAACUUGCUUAUGCUGGAACUCCAUAUCCAGUUGGUGUUGAUCCAAUUUGGAAUGUUGCUGAAGCCAAUAAAUUGUCAUUUUUGAAUUCGUUGAAAAUGAAAAUGUCGGUUAUUUUUGGAAUCACACAAAUGGUUUUCGGAGUUUUGUUGUCGUAUCAAAAUUAUAUGUGAGUUUUCAAAGGGGAUUUUUGAAUGGGACCAGGAAUUUCAAGAAGAAAUGUUUAAAAAAAAUUGAAAAUGUUGGGUUCAAUGAUUUUUUUUUAUUUUUCUGGAUGAUUUACGUUUCGAAAAAAUUUGGAAAUAAUUUUGAAUUUGUUGAAUUUUGUUUAUUUUUCAAUUUUAUCCAAAAAAAUAUUCACGGUUCCAAAAAUUUAAAAGAACAUGAUAAAUUUCCAAGAAAAAUUCACUGUUUCAAAAAAAAAAGUUGGUUUUUUGAGAAAAAUGUUGAACUUGAUUCCUCUGGUCCGAUUUAAAAUUUCCGGUUCUCAAAUUUUUUCAUAUCCCAAUUUAUUGAUUUUUUCCAGUUACUUCAAAUCGGAUUUGGAUAUCAAAUAUAUGUUCAUCCCGCAAAUGAUCUUCUUGGGAUCGAUUUUUGUCUAUUUAUGCUUGCAAAUUAUUGUAAAAUGGCUUGUUUUUGGAGCAGCUGUGAGUUAAAUUUACACAAAAAUUCAAAAAAAAAAAACAUUUAUUCAAUUUCAGGCUGAUUCUGUAUUUGGAUAUCAAUAUCCUGGAUCAAAUUGUGCACCAUCUCUUCUUAUUGGACUUAUUAAUAUGUUUAUGAUGAAAGAUAGAAAAGCUGGAUUUGUUGAUGAAUCUGGUCAACAAAUUGAUCAAUGCUAUUUGUCGACUUGGUAUCCUGGACAGGUUAGUUUUAUUGAAAUCCGAUCGCUGAUUCAAAAUUUGGAGAACCACAAAGACAAGAUCUAAUGUUUGAAAACAAAACUAAAACUAAAACAAAUUUAGUCAUUCUUCGAAACGAUUUUCGUAUUGGUUGCGAUUGCGUGUGUUCCGGUUAUGUUGUUCGGAAAACCGUACAUGUUGUGGAAAGCGGAAAAAGAGCGCCGCGAAGCGGGACACCAACAAUUGGUGAGAUAUAAAUCAAUGUUGUUUUGGUGGUGCACGUGAAAAGAAACACUGAUUUUGUUUUUUUUUUAAAUAUUGUUGGUGAUGGUAUUGCACGAAACACAUUUAAUUUUUGAGUUUUCUGGAUGAUCCUGGGAGCCUAGUCGAUAAAUUUUGUUUCUGAAUUCUGGAUCAAAAAUAUGAUUUUCAUUUUUUAAAUAUAGAUUAUUAAAAAGGUAGAAUUUGAGUUUACCCAUAGAAUUAACAUCAAGAUCUAACUUAGCAAUUUCAAGAUUUCUACCAAAGUUUGACUUUCACAAUUCGAUUCCUUAAAUUCUGAAACAUAAAAAUUUUUGAUUUAAUUUUUCCCCUUCUGAACUCAAACAACAAAGUCUAAAAAAGAGUUUUCCCCGAAAUUUCACCCAUUCCGCAAUUGGCAUGAUUAUUCACAAACAAACUCACCAAUAUUUUUUCACCCACCUCGAAAAAACACUAAUUAAAUAUCUAAUUUGAUGUUGUCUGUGGUUCUCUGAAUUUUGACAUUCGGCUCGGAUUCGGUCUCUUCUCGACCAGAUCUCCAGCCAACCUGUCGAUUUUCAGAGUUAUGCUGAAAUUGUUCUUGUGGUUUUGGCUGUUGUUCAAGUACCAAUCAUGUUGUUCGCCAAACCGUUUUUCUUGUAUAAACGAUCGAAAAAACAGACAAAUUACCAGAAUUUGCAUAAUCAUAAUAAUCAUGAUGAGGUAAACUUAUUCAAUCAAAGAAUGCAUGGAUUUGUACUAAUUUUUGUGUUGUGGAUGCACCUAAAUAAUCUAAUUCAAUAUAGUUUUGAUGAUUUAAUUGUUUUUAGAGCGUUAGAGCUGAUAUGAAUGGUGAUGACGUGGAAGUUGUUCACGCGCCAGAAACUCAACCAAAACCAGCUGGGGGACAUGGACAUGGACACGGAGAUGGACCUGUAAGUUUUUAGUUAUUUUUCUAUCUGCCUUGAUUUUUCUCAAAAUUCAAAAUUUAGUCUAACAAUUCAGUCACCCUGUUUACAAGGGAAGUGCAUAGGGUCAGGUGUUGAACUUUUGAUGAAACGUUCGAAAUAUACCAAAUCGACCAUGCUGAUCACGAUUCCGAAGUCAAAAAUUGCCACAAAUGCAUGUGAGCACUUUUCUGGAGCUCCAAAGUUGGAAUUGAGUUUUGGUUUUUGCCCAUUUUCACCAUAUUCCUGGGUGGAAAAUCAAUUUUUAUAACUUGAAUAAGGUUGUUCACCACAUUCGAAAACCUAUCAGCUUUUUAGUUUUUCAAAAAAUAUGAAAAACCAGCUGAAAACUGUAAUUUUUAAGAAAGUCCUGAAAAUACACACAAACACACGUAAAUACACACGUUUUUCAAAGUUUUUUGUGCAUUUUUGAAAAUUACAGUUUUCAGCUGGUUUUUCAUAUUUUUUGAAAAACUAAAAAGCUGAUAGGUUUUCGAAUGUGGUGAACAACCUUAUUCAAGUUAUAAAAAUUGAUUUUCCACCCAGGAAUAUGGUGAAAAUGGGCAAAAACCAAAACUCAAUUCCAACUUUGGAGCUCCAGAAAAGUGCUCACAUGCAUUUGUGGCAAUUUUUGACUUCGGAUUCGUGAUCAGCAUGGUCGAUUUGGUAUAUUUCGAACGUUUCAGCAAAAGUUCAACACCUGACCCUAUGCACUUCCCUUGUUAGUCUAAAAAGUGAGAAUAAAAUUAAGAUUGUCUGAAAAUAUAUAUUUCUAUUUUUGAAAUGUUUUGGUCCGAUUCUGAAUUUCCCAAUGUCAAAGAGAAAUUUUGAAAAAUAUGACCAAAAGAACAGGACCACCUUCAAAUGUUUGAAAAUUUCUAACUUUGUCCCAGAGCCCGAUUGAAAUCUCAUAAUAUUUUCGAAAUAAAAUUUCCAACAUCAACAUUUUUCCAGUUGGACAUGGCUGAUACAAUGGUUUAUCAAGCAAUUCACACAAUCGAAUUUGUUCUCGGAUGUGUUUCUCACACCGCUUCAUAUCUUCGUUUGUGGGCUCUUUCAUUGGCUCAUGCACGUAAGUUCUUCUCUUCUUUUUUUUUUUGAAUUUUGUCUAAUCCUUUUUUUUCCAGAACUCUCUGAUGUUUUGUGGACAAUGGUUUUCCGUCAAUGCUUUGCUGCUGAUGGAUAUCUUGGAGCUGUUUUGACUUAUUUCAUUUUCUUCAUUUUUGGAACAAUGUCUGUCUUUAUUCUUGUUUUGAUGGAAGGAUUGUCCGCUUUUCUUCACGCGCUUCGUCUUCAUUGGUAGGUUUUUUGAAAUCUCGAUUUUCAGGCCUGGAUCUUAUUCCAGGCCUGAAACAUACACUCGCCCCGCUCGAAAAAUCAAUAAUCAUUUUGUAGGGUCGAAUUCCAAUCGAAAUUCUAUGGAGGUCUUGGAUAUGAAUUUGCUCCAUUCUCAUUCGAAAAAAUCUUGGCUGAAGAAAGAGAAGCUGAAGAACAAUUAUAG